UAGCCAUCAAAGUUUCUGGGUGAGCUAGAGCCAGAGGAGCCACAAGAUAAGGCGGGUGUAGCCACAAAAUCCAGGUUCCAGGCCUUUCCUUAGGACCCAUUCUUCUGACCUCAACAAGGUGGGGGAUUCCACACUGAGGGCUCAUACAGGAAAACCGGGAGCCCAGAGCACCGAGACCACAAAGACAGCUACAUGAGGAUCUAGGAGUGUCCGAGCCAGACUGCAGGCUCUCGAGAUCAGACCCUGCUCACCUGCCCCGCCCUGUGCAGCAUGCGGCCUAAGGGCCUCGAGGGUCUCAGCCUGCUCGGCUGGCGGCCUCUGCUGCGUCUGCUGCUUCUGCUGUCUCUGCUGCCGCGGCCGGUGACCCGCGCCCAAACUACGCCCGGCGCCUCCAGCACUCCGACGGUGCUGGGCACCCCCAGUGCCCCGACUACGCCAGGUGCCCUUAGCGACCCGACUCAGCCAGGCACCCCUAGCUCCCCAACCGCACCGAGAGGCCCCAGCGCCCCGAGUCUGCAGGAGCUUGCGAGGACCCUGAUGCAGGACUUCCCGCUUGUGGACGGCCACAAUGACAUGCCCCUGGUCCUGAGGCAGUUUUACCGCAAUGGGCUACAGGAUGUUAAUCUGCGCAAUUUCAGCCACGGCCAGACCAACCUGGACAGACUUAGAGAUGGUCUUGUGGGUGCCCAGUUCUGGUCAGCCUACAUCCCGUGCCAGACCCAGGAAAGGGAUGCCGUGCGCCUGACCCUGGAGCAAAUUGACCUCAUUCACCGUAUGUGUGUCUCCUAUUCUGAGAUGGAGCUUGUGACUUCGGUUAAAGCUCUGAACAGUAGCCGGAAGUUGGCUUGCCUCAUUGGUGUGGAGGGUGGCCACUCACUGGACAGUAGCCUCUCUGUCUUGCGUACCUUCUAUUUGCUGGGUGUGCGCUACUUGACACUCACUCACACCUGCAACACGCCCUGGGCAGAGAGCUCAGCCAAGGGCAUCCACUCCUUCUACAACAACGUCACUGGGCUGACCAGCUUUGGUGAGAAGGUAGUGAUUGAAAUGAACCGCCUGGGCAUGAUGGUAGACUUGUCCCAUGUCUCAGAUGACACGGCACGGCGGGCCUUGGCAGUAUCACAGGCACCUGUGAUCUUCUCCCACUCAGCUGCCCGAGGGGUGUGCAAGAAUGCACGGAAUGUUCCUGAUGAUAUUCUGCAGCUUUUGAAGAAGAAUGGUGGCAUCAUGAUGGUGUCCUUCUCUGCGGGGGUGCUGCAGUGCAACCUUUUAGCCAAUGUCUCCACUGUGGCAGAUCACUUCGACCACAUCAGGGCAGUCAUUGGAUCCAAGUUCAUCGGAAUUGGUGGAGAUUAUGAUGGGGCCAGCCGGUUCCCCCAGGGUCUGGAGGACGUGUCCACAUACCCGGUACUAAUAGAAGAGUUGCUGAGACGUGGCUGGAGUGAGGAGGAGCUCCAGGGCGUCCUUCGUGGAAAUCUGCUGCGGGUCUUCGAACAAGUAGAACAGGUACGGGAGAAAAACAAGGGGCAAAGGCCCUUGGAGGAUGAGUUCCCGGAUGAGCAGCUAGGCAGCUCUUGCCGCUCUGUCCUCUCACGCCUGCAUCAGAGACAGUUUAUGCCUCCAGACCAGAAACUAACUGAGACUUCGACACAUUGGACACCCAAGAUGUCACCUAAGGAGUCAUUCUCAAAAUCCUCCCCCCACAUGGUCCCAAGCCUCACAGUUUCUGCUUCCUUCCCAGUCCUCAUUCUGUGGCUCUUGCAACCCCAUUAAUCCUGCCAGAUGUCACUUUGGCAGCCGUGGACACCCCACAAAAUUCCCCUGUUGUGCAGGCACAAACAUUUCCUAAAAAUAAA